AUGGGGAGUGUUGGCUUCCCUACGGCCGACGUGCCUGAUAGGGGAUUUGUGCUUUAUAUUGUCGGCACGGUACUGGUGGUUAUUGCGGGACUCUCCGUUGCGCUUCGUUUAGUUGGCAGAUAUCUCAGAGAUGGGUUUCGUGCAGAUGACUGGACGAUUCUUGGGGCGUUGGUCAUCGCGAUCGUUUUUACAGUAGUGCAUAAUAUGGGUAUCGGGUAUGGCCUAGGAAAACAUGGUGUGGAUAUCCCGGAGGCGGACAAAAUUGAGGCAUUCAAAUUACUCCUCGCUGCGCAAAUACUCUUCAAGCUCGUUCUAGGCCUUGCGAAAUUAUCGAUCUUGUUCCUAUACCUCAGAAUCUUCGUCGUCAACAAAUAUUUUCGAUGGGCAUGCAUCAGUCUCAUCGUCUUUACCAGCCUGGCAACAAUCGCAUAUGUCUUUCCAACGAUUUUCCAAUGUCGACCGCUGGCGGCCUUUUGGGAUCGCAGAAUUCCGCAUAAAUGCAUGAACGAUCUAGGCAUCUGGCUGUCAUAUGCCCUAAUCAACAUCAUCACUGAUAUUUUGAUACUUGCGCUACCUAUAUACCAAAUCGUCCGACUGAACCUAGAGUUCCGGGAUAAAAUCGCGUUGAUUUUUGUCUUUGUAGUUGGUGGAUUUGUUUGCCUAAUAAGCAUUAUUCGCACUACAACUUUCCCACAGUCUGCGGAGCCAGUUGAUGUCACAUAUACCUUUAUUUUCAACGCCAUGUGGGCGACCGUCGAGCUUAACACCGCCAUAAUCUGCGCUUGUCUACCGAUGAACCCGGACGAGAUCUCGAACUUAAUAGAACAGAAAGCGAGGAACGCAUAA